UGCAGGAGAAAGUUUAUUUUUUUGUAGUCUGCGGGUUCGCGCUAGUGCGGGAGUUUUGGCCCCAGGCAGACAGGCAGUAGUGGUUUUAGCGAGGCGCGUUGUUGAUAAAGUGCUAUCGAGAGGUACUGCUGCCUUUUCUUGAGACAAGCUCUCUCGCCGCCGUGACGAAGAGGGGAGCAAGCAACUUUACAGUUUACACGAAUCGCAGGUGAUUAUUUUGACUCUUGAUCAGAUCGAAGUUCCCGUGUAGACGACACUUUCGAAUAGCCAGGCAGGCAAGCUCAAGCUAGCUUCACGAAGGCGCACCGCGAGCACAGCAGCAGCACAAAAUGGCUGGAUUAUUCGGAUCGGGGUCCGCGACCGCGGCGAAUACGCUGGGCGAUCUUUCGAAGGAUAUUCAGCUGAACAACGGCCCGGAGGAUAGCAUCUCGCACAUCUCGUUCUCACCGCAAUCCGACCAUUUGGCCGUGGCGUCAUGGGACAAGAAGGUCCGCAUCUAUGAGGUCAACGCGCAGGGAGGCGAGGGAAAGGCUCUGUUUGAGCAUGAGGGCCCGGUGCUGAGCUGCGACUGGUCGAAGGAUGGUACGAAAGUUUGCGGUGGUGGAGCGGACAAGGCUGCUCGUAUGCUCGACUUGGGAUCGGGAGGGACUACCGCCACACAGGUCGCUGUUCACGAUGCGCCUAUCAGGUGUGUGAGGUUCUUCGAUGCGCCGGGUUCGGCGGCUCCUAUGCUGGUGACGGGUUCGUGGGAUAAGACUGUCAAAUACUGGGAUCUGCGAACGGCGAAUGCGGUUGCCACGAUCAACUGCCAGGAGAGAGUGUACACAAUGGAUGUGAAGGAUAACCUGCUCGUUAUUGGCACGGCCGACCGAUAUAUCAACGUUGUCAACCUCACCAAGCCGACGGAGUUCUACAAGACACUGCAGAGUCCGCUCAAGUGGCAGACAAGAGUUGUGGCAUGCUUCAAGGAUGCCCAGGGCUUUGGAGUUGGCAGUAUCGAGGGCAGAUGUGCCAUGCAGUAUGUCGAGGAGAAGGAUGCCAGCCUCAACUUCUCAUUCAAAUGCCACCGUGACCCACCGCAAGGGAACAUAACCAACGUAUACGCCGUCAAUGCAAUCUCCUUCCACCCCAUCCACGGCACCUUCAGCACAGCUGGUUCCGACGGCACAUUCCACUUCUGGGACAAGGAUGCUAAGCACCGUCUCAAGGGUUACCCCACUAGCGGAGGCUCCAUCACCACCACAGGCUUCAACCACACCGGUACCGUCUUUGCCUACGCCGUCAGCUACGACUGGAGCAAGGGCUACUCGCAGAACACACCGCAGUACCCGAACAAGGUCAUGAUGCACCAGAUCGUCAACGACGAAUGCAAGCCCAGGCCGACCAUCAAGAAGAGUAACCGCAGAUAAGGAUGAAAACAUGAUGGGAGGAUUUGGGCAAGGGGAUGGAUGGGUGAUACGUGUGUUGUUAAGGGGUACGAGUAGGCGUUCAUGGAGAGGGAAAUAUUAGGGUUUGGUUUUGAGCGGCAGAUACCAGCAUGGAAUGGGAAAGAUCAUUAGAAGCUUCGCUGACUGCGGUGCCCGUUGAUGUAUAGUCGUGGGUGGAAGCGAUAUGCGUACGCCAGAAGGAUGCGGAAGCGAUAUGCGUACACGACCACCAAAUAUCGUAGGUAUCUUUACA